AUGGCCACGACAGCACAGCUGACUUUUGUUCUCUUCAGUUUUGUCUCGUUUUCAGAAUCCAGUGAUGUGUUUGGAUUGGUUGGCAGUUCUUUUCAACUAGACACACCACAUCAUGUACCAGUGUUUGAUGACUUAUCCUGGGUCUUUGAAGGAGCUAAAAAUGUUAUAAAAUAUUAUAAUGAAACAAAAAAAUAUAAACAGCAUCCUGCUUACGAAGGCAGAGUGGAGUUUAAUGUAGAAACCUACAGUCUGACACUGAAGAACUUACAGAAGACUGAUAGUGGACCGUAUGAAGCAAAAGCAAAUGGUGCACAGAAUACAGUUGUUGUUAAGUACAGGCUUUCUGUGUUAGAUCCAGUGGAGGCCCCAGUCUUGGCUUCUGCCUCUCACCAGCUCCGCAACAACAUCUGCAAUAUCACUCUCACCUGUAGAGGUCAUGACCUGUCUCUCAACUCCAGCUGCUAUAAUGAAACCUGCGAAGAAAAGGAAGUGACAUCACCCAGAGGCAUCACCCUUUCUCUGUUGGUCAAUGGCAACAGCAUUAUCUGUAACAACAGUAACCCAGUCAGCUGGAAGAAAGCUAUUUUGGAGAUGGAAGAACUUAAACAACUCUGUUCUGAUAACGCAGAACACAGUACAGAGGAAGAUGAACUACCUUUACAAUUGCUAUUGCUUGCUGUGGCUGCCAUAGGGAUCAUCAUUCUUCUAGUUAUCUGCAUCAGUUUUUAUCUUUGCUGGAGGAAAUCAACAGGUCCCACACAGUGUGAGAGCACAGUCUAUGCAGAAGUUCAGAGAAACGAUGCAGCACUGGAGAUGCAUUCUACUAUGUACAGUACUGUACAGAAGAAACCGCCACCUACAAGUAUUGGACAAUCCAGGCAAACCCCUGCACAGCGCUUGAUCUCAGCGGAGCCUUGCAUUUCUAGCAUCUAUGAAUCAGUUCCGGAUCAGACACAACCUAUGAAAUCUGGAACCAUUUAUACCACCAUUUCCAGUCUCAGCAAAGUGAAUUAAGCCAAUUUGAAUGGAACCACAUCACUGUGAGAAACCGGUGCCACUCUUGAUUUGCAUAGUUGGCUAAGAAGAUUCCCGGUGAUUUUGCAGUCAUCUCAUGGGAGUCCACAAAAGUACAACUGGCCCUUUUCUAAUUGGAUGUAAAGGAUGGCUUUGGCCCACUGCUGAGGAGAGCCAGAACUUUUUUCAUACAGCUUUUUCAUUUACACUGAGACACAGUAAUAAAACUGAACAAUUCCACUUCACAGAUCAGUGUUUAAUACAGAAACCAUUUAAUUGUAAGUAAAAAUACUUAAUAUAACUCGGACUGGUAACAUCUGUGCUCCCUGAAGCUGACCAUGUCUCUCUCCAGCUUCAAUGCCAAGGCCUCAGGCAAGUUGCACUGGUAGGCCAGCUGUGUGUGGACCCGAAGGUCAGUUGAAGAACUGCCAUGAUGAACUGGUCUUGGACUGACUCACUCUGUACAGAAGAUGGUGAUCAUAAGUCCAUCUACCUAAAGUUUCAGGAUCUUUAGCUAGGGUUCUUAAUGGUUCCCCUGUCUGGUUACAUAAUUUAGACCAAAGGAGCUCAGAAAGACUGCCAAAAAGGGGCAGUUUAGCAUGUCAAAUUGGCCUGACUGCAUGUCUUUGGACUGCGGGAUUUAAAUCAGCAAAUUAAUAUGAAUGAUCUUUUCAGUGUCUCUAGUCUGCACAUCUACAUUUUCUACAGUCCAAAGAUGGCAGCACAUUCACUGACAUAACUGCUUUCAAUUGGUUUUUGCCAGGUAAACAACUGAUUGAGUUGUUUAGAAAUGUAUCUAAUUUAUCAUUGAUCUGUUUCGAAUUGUGUUGUGAAGGUUUCAUUUUCAGGAGAAUGUUCAUGGUUUUGUAACCAGAGGUUCAUUUUGCUCUCAGUUUUGGAGAAUUUGCUAAAUGUUACACACAAUUAGUAAAUUCUGUGUUGAAUAUGUGUGAACAUUUGAGAGCAGAGACACUUUGUGCUGAAAUGUGUGUAAGCGGUUAAGAAAAACUAAGUAAUCAAAUGUGUUGGUGCCAGGUCUGUUCUUUUCAUCUGAUGUGUAGACAUCAGAUUGAAAAAUGCUUAUUUGGUGUUGCAAGGUUGUGUUUUUGAUGCUUAAUGUCUUUUUAUAUUUUCUAGCAUUAUAUCAUAAGAGGAUUUGCCCUACAACGAUUUUGUGGUAUCAUGUAAGGUCUUGCUGGACUUACCUAGUGAUUUGUCUCAGAUUAAAG